AUGUUUUACAGUUCGCCAGUUUCUUCUAUUGUUGCCAUCAGAUCUGACCCCAAAAUAACUUUAGACGGACGGUCUGAAUUAAAAGGGAUUCAAAAUUGGCUUCGAAUGUUGAAAUAUUCUGGUCAGUAUUUGGCAAUGUACGGGGAAUGUGGUCAGGACAAGCCGUCCGCGUUGAUCAGAGAAAAAUGUGCUUGUCAUGAUAAAGUCAGUACCUACAAGGCGUCAACUAAUGCACAUUCCCUGCACAAUACAUCUAAAGAUUCGUUUUAUAGGGAGACAAGUUUCCAUGAUCAGAAGCAAAGUGGAUACUUCACGGCUCCUGAAAAAUUGAGGCUCCGCUGUUCAGCUCAAGAUGAAAGAGAAGUGACUGCUUUCUUCUCAGAUCGAAUUGCUAAGCCACCCUUUUUGCCGAAAGCGCAAGAAGUCAACUCGAGAUUUUUCGACAGCUCAUCGUUUCCCUCGAGCUUACCUAAAACAUGUGGUACCUUACAUACGCAAAUAGCUGGCAAAGGAGGGCACAAACAUCUGAGGGCUGAGCCAGCUGUAGCUACUCUAAGAAAUAAUGAUGCUCAGGAUAGCAUUCUCGGUGAUCGAAAUGUUGACAAAUCUGCUUUCGUUUCCAACAUAACUCCGAUAGGCGCUCAAAGCAACAAAGUCUCCGCAGAAGUGGUUUCUUUGCCUGGAGUAGAUAAAGCUAAUGAUAUGGGAUUAUUGGCCUCUCGACUAAGCUGCGUCGGAGCCUCGGAAGGUCAGGUGGAUGGGAAACAUAAUUAUUCAAGAAAGGCGAUGUUCGCCGGAAGUACUGAGUCCAGACCACCAAGAAUCUCUAAAUGCCCUCGUAUCGGCAUACUAAGGAGCACCUCGGUUGCCUGGAGUCCUACUGGUGACUGUAGUGAAGGGUCUAAAUGCGGCCCAAGCCAGUCGUUUCAAGGCCCCAAGGAGUAUGCUCAACCUUUCCGUGCAUCGCAUGCAGCAUCCGUGGGCCUUGAGAUGCGACCUGCUGACAGCAGUGUCUUGCGUGAAUUGUUGCAAGUCGGUCGAGUAAGAGCAUAUUACGCGGCUCCACAUUGUGUUUACAACGCCUGCAGGCAAACCGCAGUGUCCAGUUCUCCCGGAACAGCCUUGCUGGAGUUGAUGGCCUAG